CCAUCCCCUGUGGUCCAUUUAGGAUACUUGGUAAACGUUCUGUAGAACGAACUGCUCUUUCAAAGUCCAUAAGAACUUGCUUGCACUGUUGCACUUUGUUGCUUCUGACAGUGUCAUGUUUGAGUAUGACUGUCCUUUCUUAUGGACAUAUGAACAAACUAACAUCUUUACAUGUAAAUGAAAAAGCUGUCCAAAAUGUGCAAAUCAGGGGGGUGGAUUUGAAAAUUUUUGAAAAAAAAUCGAGAGCGAGACAAAAUUGAAGUUGCCAGUUUUUGAGUACUUUGGAUUAUGAGUCUCUGUUGUAGCGUCAGUUAAGUGAGGUAGUAGCGAAACAGACGCUCAUGGAGUAAGUCUAACUGUGAAGUACGAAAUACGUCGUAGAAUAUCGGAAAAAUACGUGAUCCGCCAAGAAAACAAAAUCCGCUCCUUGAAAUUAACGAAAUACGCCGAUCCGUCAAGCCUUUCACCCCCACCGUAACCUUAACUACUGUCUAACAAAAGGAUUUGAAAGGGCCUUCAUGAAAAAAACUGAUACCUGAAACCGGAAGCUAAUCACAUCAUAGGGGUCAGCAAUAUCGCAGGAUCGAAUGAACUUGAGAUUGAAGCACAAGAGCAGAAAAUGGACAUCGACAAGAAAGCUUCCCUUUCUAAAGUCAGCUUUGCCGUUGUUGUGAUAGGUGGAAUGCUUAUCGCUGAGACAAUUUUCUUGCAUUUGAGGACAUACAGAACGGAAAACGUCUUGACAAAGAGAAUAAAUGAUUUGGAAAAGCAGCAACAAAUCAUCAAACAACAGUUGGAAGCAUUUCAAAAUCGUGAAAUUGAGCAAAAGCAAAAUGGCCUAGACGACCCCUCCGAUCAUUUGAUAGCCGCAAUCAGAAAAAUAGAAAGACACAAAGGAAGGUCAAGACGUGACAUCGAAGAAAAAGUUGAUUCUAUAUUGCGAAUAUUAAAAUCGUCAUCUCAUGAGAUAUUGCAGCCUUGUGACAGACAUUCAGCCUUGAAAUGCCGAAAUGUCACAUUAGUGUGUAUGAAGGGGGAAAGAGGAAAAAGAGGUAAACCAGGCCCACGCGGAGCCAAAGGGGAUAUUGGGCAGCGAGGAGUUAUUGGGCCUGCGGGUGUUAUGGGUCCACCUGGAGAGAAGGGUAGCCGGGGGCAAAAAGGUGACACUGGAUCAUCGGCAUGGCGAAAAGUGGAUACUUCGAUGGUAUCUCACUCAUACAAAGAUACCCUUAAGCUGACCAUGAACAAUGAUCUAAAAGGAGGUUUGCGUAUCCGUGUAAUCGACGAUGGAUGGGGCGAUCCUUCAUUCUCGGUGAUUUACAUCAAAGGUCAUUGGAAACAAAUAAAGUACACUCAAGUGUUUAAAGGUGCUGUUUCUUGUUGGCAGAUAUUUGGCCACAAAGUACCAGACAACAUUUCGAAGCAUGAAGCUGGGCUAGAACCAUUCAAUCGGACAAUGGGCGACGCUAUUGUUGGAGAGAAGAACAUGGGCUCGUCAACAAGUAACUACUUUGGAGGAUCAACAGGGCGCUGUGAUAAUGGUCCUGACAACUUCUGGCAUAAAAAUAAUGGACAGGGAGAGCGGCAAGCAACGGUGACGCUACGAAGAGAUAUGUAUGCAGUUGAUGCUGGCAUCUAUACGUACGUUGGGAGGAAUUCUGGGACAGCAGAAUACAUCAUAAAGGACAUUUAUGUAUGCAUGACACAAGAACAGAAAAUGGAUGUCGACAAGAAAGCUUCCAUAUCCAAAGUUAGCUUUGGCGUUGUCGUGAUAGGUGGAAUGCUUAUCGCUGAGACAGUUUUCUUGCAUUUGAGGACAUACAGAACUGAAAACUACUUGACAAAGAGGAUAAAUGAUUUGGAAAAGCAGCAACAAAUCAUCAAACAACAGUUGGAAGCAUUUCAAAAUCAUGAAAUUGAGCAAAAGCAAAAUGGCCUAGACGAUCCCUCCGGUCAUUUGAUAGCCGCAAUCAAAAAAUUAGAAAGACACAAAGGAAGGUCAAGACGUGACAUCGAAGAAAAAGUUGAUUCUAUAUUGCGAAUAUUAAAAUCGUCAUCUCAUGAGAUAUUGCAGCCUUUUGACAAAAAUUCAGACUUUGGAAGAAAAUGCCGAAAUGUCACAUUAGUGUGCAUGAAGGGGGAAAGAGGUAAACCAGGCCCGCGCGGAGCCAAAGGGGCCAAAGGUGAUGUUGGGCAGCGAGGAGUCAUUGGGCCUGCGGGUGUUAUGGGUCCGCCUGGAGAGAAGGGUAGCCGGGGGCAAAAGGGUGACAGUGGAUCACCAGGAAGGUCAAUAACAAAGCCAAAAAUUGUAUCAAAAUUUCCCAAAAUCCUUUACAAAAAGGAAGGCACAAAUAUGACUCUAGUUUGUGAAGCUGAAGGAAACCCUAAACCAAUUAUGCAAUGGGCCUUUGGGAAGCAGAAGCGAGGAAUGAGGUACACAUUUCCAACUGAGGGUGCUCUGGUUAUAUCAGAUAUAAGCGAGAAUGACAAUGGCAGAAUUUCAUGCUCUGGCGAAAACAUUCUCGGAAAAGAUAUGGUUGAAAUUGAGCUAUCGGUUCUAACAAGGCCUAAGCUAUUUCUAAACUCUAGAAAAGUAACAGGGACGACAGGGUUUCUUUUAGAAGUUCAGUGCAAUGCCACUGGUAAUCCAGUUCCAAAGCUCAGCUGGAAAAAAGCUUAUGGAGUGUUGAGGGGCAAGGAAGUACUGUCUGCAGAUCAGAAAAGCAACACGCUAACAUUCACUAAUCCUGUUUCUAAUGAAGCUGGAUACUAUAUCUGUCAAGGAGCCAACGACAAUGGCUUAGCAACUGAAUCUCUUUUUCUUGACAUCCAAGAUAGGGUUGUUUGUUCGUCGUUGAGGAAAAGCGGGCAAACAAAAAGUGGCAUCUAUACUGUUAACCCAGAUAACCGCAUCGCUUUCUCUGUUUACUGUGAUAUGGAAAAUGAAGGGGGCGGCUGGACGGUAAUACAGAGACGGACUGAUGGAUCCGUCGAUUUCUUUCGAAACUGGGAAGAAUAUAAGGAAGGUUUUGGGAACUUGGAGAAUGAAUUUUGGCUUGGCAAUGAAAACAUACAUCGAUUAUCGAAGAAAAAAGAUAUGAUGAUUCGAUUUGAUCUUGAAGAUGUCGAUGGAAAGAAAGCGUUUGCUGAAUACAGUACAUUCUACAUUGACGGUCAAGAGGAUCAAUAUGCAUUGCACAUAGGUGCGUAUUCAGGAACUGCCGGUGAUUCGCUGUCGUAUUCAAAUGGGCAAAAAUUUUCAACGAAAGAUAAAGAUUAUGACUCCGACUUAGACAGUUGUGCUGUACAGUACCACGGGGCCUGGUGGUAUAAAUCAUGUCACUAUUCAAAUUUAAAUGGAAAAUAUCUAAAUGGUUCACAUACCUCCGCAGGUGAUGGAGUAAACUGGUGGAGUUUCAAAGGCUACUUUAAUUCGCUUAAAAGGACAGUUAUGAAGAUAAAGCCACAAACUGUAUAAGCAGUCACAUUUUCAUUGGUGCCCGAAUGUCGAUAAAUAAUGGAUUUUGCAUUCAUCAAACUAAUAUCUUGUAUAAUCUUUAUAGAUACGUACUUACUUUUCUAAAGUUAAUUUUAGAGAAUAAAGUGUUAUAACAUUUGUCGCUUUUAUAGAAAUUUUUGCUAAUAGUACUGUAUGUUCUUUAUUCUUUUGAAGAAAUAAAGUAGAGUUUAUCUUCAAGAAGUAAUUAACUCUGUCACCUAAUUCAAAGAAUUUCAAGAUCUAAAUUAGAAUUAAUCGAUUAGUUCAAUCAUUCUCUACUUGAAAGCAAACAAAAUUGUUGAAAGUUUAAACACACGCAACACGCAAAAAAGGGGAAAAUCGAGGAACAGUCAACUGCUAGUUAAAAUGGCGAGGACUCAUUUGUCCGACUGCUAGUUAAAAUGGCAAAAAAGGAAGCACAUAAUCUUAUUUCAAAAUAUCAAUAACAAUGUAUUGCACUAAAAUGAAUCACAGUUCUAUUCUGGGAUACGCAUCCAACGAACACGAGUGACUCCAUCCACUGUGCAGGGCCGCCGGACGCAGGUUUGAACAGGGAGGCCAAAUACAGGUGCGGAUCCAGAGCAAACUCGAAGGAGGGGCAGUUGGUAGAAAAAUUUUCAAAAAUUGAUGACGAGAGAACGCUGUAUACAACAAUUUCAGGUUCAUUUUGGGAAUAAACAACAUAACUUUUAAGUAAUCCUUGUAGCAAAUUAACCUAUCGGUCUGAGAAACUUUUUCGCCUGAUUCUCAUUCUUCAAAAGGGGCGCACAAUUUCCAAAAAAGGGGCGCCAUACUUGCUUCAACUCGUCGAGGGAGGGGCAACUGCCCCUAGUCGCCCCCCCUUAAAUCCGCCACUGGGCCAAAACGAAUUAAAAGGGCACGAAUAUUUUUUAUCCGAAACAUUAGUAAGUGUCAAAAAUGGUACAGAUUUCAUGGUAAUUUAAAUAUUUAUAAAAAUAUUGAAACACGCUGAGCAUAGUAAGAACUAUCUUCACUGAAAGUAGAUAGAUGGCUAUGUACUCCAUUUAGGGACCACGCAUUCUUGAUCAUAAUUAAUUGUAUAGCUUGUCAAUGACCACGCACUCUUGAUCAUAAUUAAUACGCUGUACUUAUUUUCCUUAUAAUUUGCAUUGUAAAUGGAUUUGGUCCCGGGUAAGAAGCAGGCACACACCCUUCUUUCAUACUUGUGGCAGGCGCAAUAUACUCAACAAAAGUUCAGAUUUAUUGCAACAUAUCAACGAAUCCAACCCAAAAUAUGAACUGAAUGGAAUUUUCAAAUUCUUAGUCUCUAUAUUCUUCAAAGUCAAUUCCAGUCCCUCUCCCUUUCAAAGCGAAGUUUCAGUCUCUAUAAUUAUCAAAAGCCCAUUCGAAUAAUGAUUUCAAUUUUCUUACUUUUAUAUUUAAACAAUUAAGUCUCCCUUGGCAUUCGCGCCUUUCCAUCACCACUUGAACACAUAAAUUUAUUCGCCUCCAUGGAAUUUUUUUUUGAAAGCUACAAAAUUUUAUGUUUAAAUCAUCUUCACGCAAUCGGCUGGAGGUGCGAGCACAUCCUUCGCUGCCAUAGCAAAAUUAAUUUGCAACAUUGAUUCGGUUUAUCUCAUCAGUCUUAUGAACGAAACAAGUUUUCAAUUCUCCUUAGACUUGAUCCCGGCGGACUCAGUCAGUUGGUCAAACGUAUUACAUGUGAGUUCCGAAAAACUCUGAGAAAGGGUGGUCUGGAAGCUAGAAUUCUAGGACAUAGAAUCUUAAAAAUAGGGUUGCUUUUUUAAUCAGUCAGAGGAAACACAAAAGGAUUUACUGAUAUGAUGUUACAGAUAAUUUUUUAGGUAAACCAAUGGCAGAUUGAAGUACAACAAAUUUUGCAGUAGCAUCUAGUCUUGUAUACUGUUCUAAUCCUAGAUAAGAAAUUCAAGUCUUUGUUUAAGUCUUUGCUA